UCUUUGCAACAUGCCUUCUGGAUGGAGCUGGGUGGUACACAUCUUAUAUUUUCUCCUGAGUAUUUGCUGUCUUGGAGGUGCAGAUGCACUUGUCCAGUCAUGUGGUUACAUCACUCCAGAGUCUCCAGUGUUGGCCAUUGGCUCCAAUUUCACAGCAUGGUGCAUUCUCAAUGAGAGUUGCCUUGACUAUGGCAAUAUAUACGCCAGUCAGAUUAUAUGGAAAACUAAACACUCUGUAGUACCUAAAGAACAAUAUCGUGAAAUAAACAGAACUGUUUCCAGCGUCACAUUUAAUGACACCUCUACAUUAGCCACUCCUCUGACUUGCAACAUUUUAGCAGAUGGACAUCUUGAACAGAAUAUCUAUGGAAUUGAUGUUAGAUUGGGCUUGCCCCCUGAGAAACCUGAAAAUUUGAGUUGCAUUGUGCAUCAAACAUCAAGAAGUAGAUUUUCUAUGAAUUGUACCUGGAAUCCUGGACGAGCUACUUUCCUGGACACCGAAUUCUGGUUAAGAACUCGAUGGCCUCAAGAAACCUUUAAUGACUGCAAAGCAGCAGUUGUAAAUAAUUCAUGUCUCAUUCCUGAUGUCCAGUUCUUUGUUAACCUGGAUGUCUGGGUGGAAGCUAAGAAUGAUCUUGGGAUGAUGGAAUCUGAGCACCUUCUUUUUGAUCCUGUAGACAUGGUGAAACCUCUGCCUCCACAGAAUUUAUCAGUCACUUCAGGAGUACUACCCACUGUGUUGAAACUGUCAUGGGAGAAUCGAAUUAUACCAGCAGAGAUGGAGCUGAAAUUCAAUAUUCUAUACAAGAUCAGUGACAGCCCAGAUUGGAUGGAAGUUCCACCUGAAGAUACAGCUUCCACAAGAACUUCGUUCACUGUUCAAGGCCUUAAGCCUUACACAGAGUAUGUGUUUUCGCUUCGGUGUAUGAAGAGAGAUGGACUGGGCUAUUGGAGUGACUGGAGUGAAGAAAAGAGUGGGGUCACAAUUGAAGAUAGACCAUCUAAAGGGCCACCCCUAUGGCGGAAGAUAGAUACUUCUCGCUCACCAGCUUCCUGGAUUGUGCACCUCAUGUGGAAGGAACUUGAUCAUUAUGAAGCCAAUGGGAUAAUCUUGCAUUACGAAGUGACUAUCAAAGCAAGAUCGCCUCUGUCACGACCACUUGAAAAACGCAGCGUUAACACCACAAACCUGACUUUAGAGUUACCAAAUGGGACAUAUGAUGUAACAGUGACUGCUCAUAACAGCAUUGGUUCAUCUCCUGCAUCGGUUUUACUUAUCCCAGCAAGGAACUCAAAAGCUUCUGUGAAAAACGUUAAAGCAGCUCCUCAUGCUGGCAGGCUGUGGGUACAGUGGGUUGCUCCCAACAGCCAUGUGAUGAAGUAUGUAAUUGAAUGGUAUGCGAUGUCUGAUAAUUCCAGCUAUAUCACUGAAUGGCAGCAGGAGCCUGGCAGUUCUCAAAGCACGUUUCUAAAAGGAGAUAUAAAGCCAUUCAAGUGUUACCAGAUAACUGUGUAUCCAUUGUAUGUUGAUGGUCAAGGAAACGGUCAAUCUACAAAAGCUUAUCUUAAGCAGGACUAUCCUGUAAAAGGACCAACCAUUCAGACAAAAAAAGUAGGAAAAACUGAAGCUAUUUUAACAUGGAAGCAUCUCUCAGUGAAUGAUCAAAAUGGGUUUAUCAAAAACUACAUUAUCUUUUACAAAACUAUCAGUGGGAAUGAAACAGCUGUGAAGGUGGAUCCUUCCAAAACGGAAUAUACCCUCUCUUCCCUAUCCAGUGACACUUUGUACACAGUGCGGAUGGCAGCAUAUACAGAAGUAGGAGGCAAAAGUGGUCCUGUAUUUACAUUUACUACACAAAAGUUUGGAAAGGGAGAAAUUGAAGCCAUAGUCGUACCUGUGUGUCUAGCAUUCCUGAUGAGUGUCCUUUUGGGAGUUUUGUUCUUUUUUAACAAACGGGACUUAAUUAAGAAGUAUAUCUGGCCAAAUGUGCCUGAUCCUUCCAAGAGUAACAUUGCUCAGUGGUCCCCACAAGCUCCAGUGAAGCACAACUUUAGUUCUAAAGAUCAGAUGUACCCAGAAGGCAGUUUUACAGAUGUAAGUGUUGUUGAAAUAGAAGCUGAUGACAAGAAGUCUUUUUCAGAACAGGAUCUAAAACCUUUUGACUUGCUUAAAAAGGAGAAAAGUACUUCAGAGGGACAUAGCAGUGGUAUUGGAGGAUCCUCAUGCAUGUCUUCUCCUAGACAAAGUGUUUCUGACAGUGAUGAAGGUGAAUCUACACAAAAUACUUUGAGCACUGUACAGUAUUCGACUGUAGUGCUCAAUGGCUACAGAGACCAGAUUCCUUCUGUGCAGGUUUUCUCAAGGUCUGAAUCUACCCAGCCUCUGCUUGAUUCAGAAGAGAGAUCAGAAGACAAUCUAGGUGAUGGUACAUCACCAAGACAUCAGUAUUUCAAGCAAAAUUGCAGUCAAAAUGAAACUAAUCCAGAUGACUCGCAUUUUGAAAGAGCAAAGCAAAAUACUCCUCCAAUAAAUGAGGAGGAUCUUGUUGGACUUGCAGUGCAGAUUUCAGGUCAAAGUUCACAGUCAUAUGGCUUUGAGCCACAGAAGAAUAUGCAGGAAGCUGCUUUGGCAGGUGCUUUAUGCCCAAGUACCGAAGGGCAGACUGUGAUCCCUGAAACGCUGGGGAUAAAUGCAGGAACAGUUGAGGAAAUGCAAAAAAGUUACCUGCCACAGACUGUAAGACAAGGGGGCUAUAUGCCCCAGUGAAGAAAAACCUGCUUUAUUAGGCCUUCACUAGUGCCUGUUCUGUGUUUUUUAUCCAGUGUUUCUAAUACAUUAAGCUAAUAUUUAUCUGCUUUCAGAUAAAUAUGUGUAUGUAAAGAUUCAUUUGGUCAAGAGACUAUGACAGUACUCUGAGUACUAUAUUUCCGUGGGAGACUUCCUGUCCAGACAUACUGGAGAUCAACUUCAUGCACUACAUAUAUUCUUUCUUGUCUGAAUAAUUGGAGAAAACUAGUAUAUUUGCAGUUUUUGUCUGUUUUGUGAUGUUGCAUUUAAACUUGACUGAUUGAAAGUAGCAAGUUUAAUUUUAAUUUUGUCACCUAAGCUAAAGGGAUACCAUAAGCUUUCUGGCAGUGUACCACAUUAACCCAGCUUUGGCUAAGCUUGACUGGUCUCUUUCCCCCAGAAGUGAAAAAUGGAAGUUCAUGGUUUCAGUCUUGUUUGACCUAUGUUACCCAACUUCCAAAAACACUGGCCUGCACUCAUCACAGACUAGAAAUUCAUUGGCUUCCCUGGAGUUUAGACCAGGGCUGGGGUUGGCCUAGAGCUGCUGUUUCUAAAGACUAAUAGAUCAAAGUAUUUUAAUCCCCAUAUUAGAACUGGAAGUCAAAGGUUGUGAAAUACUUGUAAAUUAUAUCGCCAGAUACAAUACCAAAUUUAAUCACAGCCUAACUCUCAAUGCUGGUAUAGUCAUCAGUGUUCUACCUGCAUAUCUAUGUAAAUCCACAACUAAACAGACUUUAUAUUGAAUCCUGUCUUCAAACCUGAACUGAAUGCAUGGCAGGUGAAAUUACAUAUUUAAAAAUUUGAAGGAACUCGUAGUUAAGAAGAGCUCUACUCUGUAGAUGAACUGAAUUGAUUUGGUUUGGUUUUUUUUGGUUUAAUAUUCACAUCACUAACCAAAAUAAACCAUAUCUUGGGUUUUUUUAGAAAUCAUCAUUGUUUAGCAUGUGCUCUUGUACCUGACAAUACUUCGGGUGGGGAAAUGUUCUAUGACAGUAUCUGUUGUAUGUAGAUUUGUCUUUCACAAAUGUCAGUGAGGGGUUUUUUUUCAUAACUACCAAGACUAGUGUUCUGUGACUUCCUUGCCACGGUAUUGUGGUCUUAGUAAAACCAAACACUAUACAGAGCAGGCAUACUUGCAUUAAUAAAAAUUUUCCAAACCAUACCUGUUAAGACAUUUGCCAUCCUCAUACCUGUUGUAGCUCAUUGCCAUGGCAAAAUUCUGCAGCACACCUGUUCAUUUCUGAUGGCACACUGGUUGGGAAACACUGACGUAGAGAAAACUGCUUCCUACUGUGUUCAGACACUGAUGCCCCUCAUACUUCCCAGAAAAGCAGAAACCUGCAGCUGGAGAGCUGACAAAAUGCAUCCUUCCAUUGAGCUAUAAGCAAUACAUCUGCAUCCUGCUGAUUACAAUUCCUGUUACUUUACUUUUCUUUCCUCAGUUCCCUUCCUGUUUCUAACACUUCUAACAUCUUAGAGAGCAUAUGCUUAGAGUCCACCCUUAAACUUUUCCUUAUAACUCUUACCUGGAAAAACUCUUUUUAAUGCCAGCUCUUCAGCUUAGAAAAAUCAUCUUGGGGGUUUCUUAACCUGAUCUGUCUAGCUUUACAAUUUGGCGCUAAGGCUUCCUGUAGGUUCUAAAAUUCAGCAGUUGCCGACUGUAGCCUAUGCUGCUGGCCUUCAAAAUACUUGCUAGUGCUAUCUGUUGUUGGCUGGUUGCAUGGUUCCAACUUCCCUUGUUUUCAUCUGCUAAAUCAUAUUAUUUAUACCUGUACACCUACCUUAUGGUAGAUGUUAACAUAUAAGCAAUUGCUAUUGUUGCUACAGGGAAAUUGGACAAUACCAGUGGAAAAGAGCUGGUCCAUGAAAUGCUCUUUAAACGCAGUCCAAACUGUGGAAAAUGGUGAACCUCCCUCUAGUUCAUUUCUUCUUGCACUGCAGGAUUCCUUAACUUCGCUGACCUGUUUCUCUUACUAAUAGCUUGCAGUUUUUGCUACCUAGAAAGUUAACCAAUACAGCUGUACUCUGUAAUUUCAUUUGAAUUCAGAUCUACCCCUGUCAGCAUUUCAGUUAGAAAGGUCUUCCAUUCUUGAAUCCUUUUUUUUCCUUUGCCUUGGGCACAACAUCAAAGACUUUCAGAAGUUCCCUGUAAGCCAUAACACACAAAAUGGAUCUUGUAAAAUGUAAAGCCUCAACUGAAUGUCUCUGCCAUUAGUUAGAAAUGUACUGGAGCCUGAAAAGAGAAGUGGGUGAUGAGUGGGUGACUAGAGUUGUAAUCUUGUUUCUAAUUACUUUCCAAAACCCCCUUGUAAUAAACACUUUUAAAUAAAACCAUUUUUGUACAAUGAGAGAUGAAAGAGCACAGCAGGGAACACGGAUGGUGAUAUUGUUGAACAUACCAUCAUUUACAACUGUAGAGAAGUCAUGUGGUCCAGUAAAUGAUAGUUGCCCACAAUAGAAAUGGUGGUAACUUGCUGAAACACCCUUGUGCAUAAUGGGAAUCCAUUUAAAUUAAAGAUGAUUUUAAAAGAAAAGAAGCAUCUUCUAAGAGCUCCCUCUAGCAAUAGUUCUGCUCUGUUACUAGUGGCGUCUUACUGUUCACCACUGCCUACAGCUCAUUAGGAGCUGACUUAGUGUAUUAGGAGGAGAAAACAAAUCUCUCCCAGAAAGUGCUCUCUUUUUCCUUCUAAUUUAAGUCUUUAAAAUAGAUGAGUAUAGAAAAUAGAAGCAAAAAGACUAGAGGGUAAGUAAACAUUUAUGUAGGUCACUAGCUUAUAGCACGUGAUAAGAGUUAUGCGCAUUACAGCUUGUUAAUUAAAUAGUUUUUUCUGCCAAAGAAUGGUGCUCGGCUUUUGACCUGAAAGUAACUUCCUGCUUCUUGAUAGUGUUCUGACUUUUUAUGUUUCAAAAGUACCUUGCAGUUCAAGUAAUAUCGGUCACAGUCUUGAAAAAGUUUAAAAGUGUAUGUGGUAUAAUGCAUUGACAAUCCACUUAAGCUUACGUGGUAUUUAGCCCCUGAACUAUUGUUACAUACAAAGGAAUACUUUUACUAUGGUGCACUUUUAAAAAUAAAUACAAGCAUUAUUAAAAUAAAAAUACACUUAACACUGACCACUUCAUGUCCAUUUUUGAUUGAUUGAUUGCCCACACUGGCACACUUCUGCUGGGGAAACAGAAUAAUAUUGAAGCAUGUUAUUUAUGUGACUGCAGCCAAGGAUGGCACAUGGAAAAUGAAUCUUCUGAACAAGCACACUUUUUAAUUAGCUUGUCAUUUGUCUUGUUUCAAAAGAUCUGAUUUUGUUCUUCACUGUAACAUUAAUGUUCUACAGUUCACGUGCAGUACUAAAAAAAGCAAAGGGCAUCUUGGGAGCAUCCUAUCCCUCAUCAUCCUUCCCCCACUCCUGGCCUGGUUAUGUGAUAGGUUACAGCCUGACCUAAAUAACAGUAGUCUGGAGUAGGGGGUUCCCAACCUUUUUAGAUCAAGGACAGACAAACCGCGGACUGAAAGUAGCCAUGGAUUGGCAGCCAACCCUUGGCUGUUGGACUGCUGUAUGUGGACUGUCACUUCCAGUCCACAGUUUGUCAUUCCGCAGUCAUUUCUGGUGACACCAUGUGGGGCCCCAUGGCCGGCACUUCCGGCUGGAACAACCAUAAAGACACUUUCACCCAGCGAGAGGGAGGCCCGGCACCGGGCCAUGGCCUGGGGGUUGAGCACACCUGGUCUAGAACAACACUAAUUUAGGUCAAUUCAUCAAAGGUCCUAAGAGGGUAUUAUGGUGGUUGUCAAAGUACUGGGGCAUAGGUGGUAGCCAGGGAUUCCUUAAGGGGUAUCUGGAAGAGGUUUGGUGUCGGAGUUGCACAAGUCCUUCAGCACCUAAUGAUUCCUCUUCGUGAGGCUGGGACCCAUAGCUGGCUUUCUGGCCCUUGCACACCAGCAUUGCAACUCAAGGUUGAACCUCCAUCAACCACUCAACAAAAGAUGUAGUGCCUAAUGUUAUAAAUCCUCGUGUUCAGUCAAAACUGCCGUGCAGAAUCUUGGCAGAACAGGAACCAAGUUGUAUCACUUGCAUCAUUGUGGUGUCUAAACCCUCCUUGGCAUAACCGAGAAGAGAUUCCUAAUCUUGUUUGGUUAAACAUGUCAUGUCCUUAUACUUGCUUCUAGUAUGUUUAACAGGGCAAAAAGUUUUUUUCCUUACCAAUAUAUACUUGAUUACUGUCAUAACAUCAACAGUCCUUCCCAGAUAAAUAAAAUUAGUUUGCUGUAUUAGGGCUUGUCAAACUACUUGCCUUUUUGAAUGGUUUAUGUCUGUCUGACUUCUGUUGUUGUUUUUCAUGUGUGUGUCAAAUUGAUAUGGUCUUCUGUUUUAAGCUGCUAGUUGCUAUAAUCAACAGCAAUUUAUUUUAAAUGUAAGAAAUUAUAUUAGAGGUCAUGCUUCAGGCAACUUUUCACUUAAGGCAGGCAGAUUAUUAAAUGUUUCCCUGCUACCUAGACUACAACUAGAUGUUGCAUGCAUUUUAAGAUGAAUCCUAAAAAAAAAGUUAACAGGAUAAGUGCUAACAGUUUAUUCAAGGAUGUUGCAAAGUACAUUUGAAUGGUUAACCAGGGAUUGCAUUGUCAAAUCAGUGACAUUCAUCCCCAGUUGGAGGGGUGAUUAUAUGUACAUAUCAAUCCCAAGAUACUUCUGUUCUGGGACAAACACAGGCACAACUUACCUGCAGACAAAUUCAACAUCUAUUCCUAGCUCUAGUGGCCUGGAAAUAUAGAAGUCCUUCAUCAAGCACUUUCCUGGAUACCUGCUUACCUGUCUCCUUAGGAUCCAAUAGUAAUUUACAUUGUACAAAACCAAUGAAAAUUGGGCCAUUAUGUGCUGGGUGUCCAGGACCUGGCUUGGCUUAAAAAGAGAGGGUAAGUUAGAGAAGGUGAAGCUAUACUAUACCAAAACUAUUUUCAGUGGUGGCUUUUCUGUUUUCAUCUCUCAAAAGCUUAUGCAAGCCAAAACACCCUCUUAAGAAGGAGUUCUCUGAUUUAAGUGUGCAGGGAAGCUUUUAUAUUAGAUUAAGUUCAACAACAUAAUGGCAGCUUAUUGGCUAAGACAUUUGUCCAAGAACUGAAGACUCAGUCUUACAGGGUCCUGACCCUUCCUCCCACAGUGGAUUUCAGCUUCAGCAGAGUACAGACAGCACCUUUUGAAAUGGAGCUGUAGUUAAGUGUCUCAUUCACAUUAAAGAGGUAUUUGCAGAAUAACCUCUUUAGUGCAAUAACGGCAACAGUGAUUUGGGGAAGGUUUUCUUCUCUUACCAGUUAAACUCAGUGGAUUACAUUAGAACUGUCAAUGUAAAUGACAAAUAAUAGUACAUGUUUGGAAGGACAAGGUGAAUAUCAGAUGAUUAUAUUUCUGCACUAAUGUCUGCAAACUUACUGCCUGUUGAGUAUGCAGAUGAGCACAGCCUAUGACAUUUUUUUAUGUUGACAUUUUAUCUUUUUCAUGUAAAGCACAUGAUGAGUAAAGGGAUGUUGUCCACCUGCAGUCUGCUUUAAAAAAAUAGAAGUUAUGCAGCUCUCCAUCAGCUGUAUCACUGUAAUCACAUCUUCCGCCAAAAUGCUCCCAUAUACAGAGCAAAACUGAAAAAGUGAAACCUUAUUAAUUUGUAUAGGUCUUUUCAUUUUUGCUCUUAUACAUUGAAAUUCAAACUAUUUUUCUUAAACAUACUCUUUCCAUCUAUUGGGAAGCAAAAUAAUCAAUGAGGUCUAGACUUUAAACCUGGGUAUAAAGGUGCAUUAAAAGUUAGCCUGAAAUAGUAAUAGUGCAAUAAGUGACAUGGUAUCAAAGAAGAUGUAAUAGGACAUUAUAUAUUUAAUUGCGUUUCAAAGCAGAAACUGCUAAAUAUGAAACGCUGUUUGUGUCACUGUGCAAUUUAGACAGACCUGAGUCAUGAGCCACAGAGCCUUUAACAAUCAAAAUUUCUUUAAAUUGGAUCUGGAGCCUUAGGUUUGAUGUCUAAUGUAGAUACCAAAUAAUAGAGUACAACGCUGUUUAUAUACUCAGAGUAGGGCUUGCUAAGCUAACGCUUGUUUGUCAGCUCUAAAUAAUUCAAAUUACAACCAAAACUUAACUUGUAAAUGCUGCUUAGUCUUCUGUAUACCAAAGUGUAUUUACUGUUGAGCACUGUCCCUGCCUCUGCAAGCUGCUGCAUGUUCAUUGCCAUGUUAAUGUUUAAUUGUACUUUAAACAAGUUUUACUGUAACAUUUUAAUGUCUUCCUUACCGUGUUGUACCAUUUGAAUGUUGCCUUCUAUCUAGUACAUAUCAAAGUAAACUAAAAAAAAUUGCUUUAAAA